GGCCUCCACAACCAUGCGAAUUUUCACAAUCGCAACGAGUGUUCUCGCAGCCAUCAAAUCCGCCUGGACCCGGGGGAGUCCAUUCGCGGCGGCCACGGCUCUCUUCCCCACCAACGACGAAGGGAAAUAUGUCAUUGGGGCCGAAGGCAUCCGUCUGGCAUUUACCAACCAUGGAGGGGCGUUAACCAACUUGUGGAUUAAUGAUACCCACGGUCAGGAGAUUGAUAUUGUUAUGGGCUUUGACCAGGCCGAUUAUUACCCAAGAUAUGAAGGCAACCCAUUCUUGAACGGGGCCAUAGGUCGAUACGCGGGCAUCAUCAGCAACGCUCGGUUUGAGUUAGGAGGCGUCAAUCAUCAGGUCUCCGCCAACGCCCACACGAGUAAGGGUACUGUCCCCAUGACCUGGAACGGCGGGGAGCACAGCUGGGGGCGGACAACGCUGGACAUCGGGUCCCACACGGAAAACAGCAUUACCUUCGUCCUGUUCGACCGCAGCUGGAACGGGUUCCCGGGGACGGCGGCCUCGUGUCUCACGCACACAGUAACGCCGUACGAGUGGCGCAUCGCCUUUGGGGUGACGCCGACCCGCAAGCCGUCCCCGAUCAAUAUGAGCCAGCAAGUAUUCUGGAACCUGGAUGGCCUGUCCGGGAACUACUCCUCAUCGUCGGCCCAAACAAUCUUAGAACAUGAACUGCACCUGCCAUUCUCGGGGCUGCGGAUCGGGACGGAUGACGAGGGGAUCCCGACGGGCGAUCUCAAAGCCAACAAGAAAGGUUCGCCGUAUGACUUUUGGUCAGCACCGAAGACGGUGGGGCAUUAUGGCAUAGGGAAGCCCGGUAGUCGUGGCUACGAUGAUACCUUCCUCAUCUCCCGAUUCCAGCCGUGGAAAAAGGAAGAUCAUCCCGUGGCGUCACUUUCGUCAGCACGUUCGGGGAUCAAGGUCGAACUUUAUACGGACCAGGAAGCCUUGCAUGUCCACACCUGGAAUAAUAAACCAGAUCAAGUACCACUGAAACGAAAGCAAGGUACUGGUAUAGUGCCGGAGUAUGGAGCGAUCUCACUGGAAAUGCAGGACUGGACUGAUGGAAUCAAUAAUCCCCAGUGGCAACGAGAGUCAAAGACAGUCUGGGGAAUGGACGGCCUUUAUACUACAUUUUCGACAUAUAAGUUCAGUGUUGACGGAGCAGCACGGUAA